AUGGCAGAAACGUGCUCGUCGUCGUACGCACUUCAGUUUCAAGCCAUCGGAACAAUCAUCGCCGCAUGCUGGGUGUUUGGGAUGACUGCGUUGAUAUUCGCGCACAUUCGGUCGUGCGUCGUGUUCAAAUGCUCCCGCUCGCACGCCAUGCACAUUGACCUCGUCGAAACAAACUAUGCCAACGGAUAUGACCUGGCAUGGUUGGACCAGGGCUGGUACCUCACGACGCCCUUCAAGCGCUCCUACGCCUACUACACGAUUUGGAUCAUCCUGCACAAGGCCUUGGUCGUUGUUGCUUAUACUGUCCUGUCUGACAUCCCAUUUGCACAAGCGGGCGCCGUGCUUGGGCUCUUCCUUGUGUCUUCGCUCAUGUUGUCGCUCUGCAAACCCUUCCGCAUCGCAAACGCCAACCUCAUCGCCAGCUGCUAUCACAUUGCGCUGAUGGCGGCGUCGCUGCUUGUUCUGAUGCGCCGCACCGACGGCUCCCAGGCCCUGCUCGAGUCCCCCUAUCUCGACCGUGAGGUCAUUGCUGCCGUCGCCUUUGCGGGCGUCAUUGCCGGGUUUGUCUUUGCCACGUGGCUCGUCUCUGCUGCGCGCCACCGCUCCCAGUGGCCGGCGCCGUCCUCGCUCGACGCCUACCCGCCCGGCCCGCUCGCCGCAAUGGCGGAGGCCAGUCGUGCCAUGGCUGCAUGCUGGGAGAGCCCCUGGCACCUGGCGCCAACACACACGCUCGCAGCCAGCAUUCACGCCGUGCAGUCGUAUGUGCAGGACCCGGACACGCCGGAGGGCGUCACGCUACAGCUUCGGCACCUGCUUGACAGCCUGCUGUUGUGCUACGCGCAGGUUGCGCCCCACUCGAUAUACUCGCAGGCGCCGCGGGCGUCGGUGUGGACGUGCCAGAAGCAGCUUGCCCUGAUGAUGCCGGAGAUGCGGCGAAGGAUGGACGAGCGCGACGAGGAGUACUUGCUCAUGCCGCGCCACUUUAAGAGGUACCAGCUGAAGAUGGUUGCGUUCCUCGCGUUUCGGGAGCUGCUGCUGCGUGUGCGUGAGCGGGGCCACCAGCCCAGAGGUGACACCUUCGCCAUCCAAGUGCGCCCGCCAAGCGGCAGUAGUGACAGCGCGUCUCUACUCGACACCUCUGAGGCGUGAUUCCCUCUUGAUGAGGCCCUCUGCGUUCAUAUGUCGUACCCGUACCCGUGCCUCUGUCUGUGUGUGUGUGCUUAUGUGUGUGUGUGUGUGUGUGUGUGUGUGUGUGUGUGUGUGUGUGUGUGUGUGUGUGUGUGUGUGUGGUUAUCUGCCUGUCGCUCUCUGCCUGUCUGUGCCUGUCUGUCUCUCUGUCUAUGUUUACCUUUGUGUGUACAAAGGUGUGGCCUUGUGUCUGUCCCUUGACCCUCGGAUUAACUGUCGGUGUGCUCGUCGCUCCCCUAUCCCAUUCUCCGCGCGGUUUGUCUUCUCCCUAACUUUUCCACGAGCAUUCCGCUGGUUCCACCGUGCCCUUGAAUGACACGUGUGUCUUCCUUGUUUCCCAUUUUGACCCUUCCCACGCCUUUCUUUGCCUGACCUUCACGGCCCACACACAUCCUACAUUUGUUGGAUGUGAGGGAAGCUGUGAUUGUUGCUUGCUUCCUUUCUGGUUCGUUCUACGUGGUGACGGUGUGAGCAACCGACCCUGAUACACGGAUGCACGCCACGGCGGGCCGCUGCAA